AUGAAGAAAAAGGAGGGUCAGCAUGUCCCCAAGGUCCUCAAGAAGCCCGAAAAUGUCUUCUCUGGAACAGAUCCGCUUGCCUCCAAGGUCCUCGUCCACUGUGACCGCACGUCGACACAAGUGGGACAUCGAAAUCUCAGCGCCCUUCCACCAUGGACACUUCCUCUGACAUUCAUCUUCCUCCUCCUAGGUCUACAGUACCUUCUAGGACUAUCCUCACAUCGGUUCCCGGGGAAUAACGAACGAGUCACCGUUACGCCGAGAUACGCAUCCUUCUUCAUCAUACAGUGCGAGAGGUGA